AACAGUCGAGCGCCAGAAUAUCGCGCGAUGAUUGCGGCAUCGUAACCUUAAAUAAUGAAAAAGAUGCACCGCGGCGACAUAACCGUUCCAAACAAUGACAACUGACAAUAAUACAGAGGUAAACAAUAAAAGUUGCGGAUGAAACCUACUCUCUUUAGAAACGUCUUUAGUCCGAGUGCGCAAAUGGUUAUAAACAAGCCCUUGAGUUUAACUGCAUUAACGAUGGCAAAAAGUAAGUACGAGUACGUUAAGGACUUCGAGGUAGAGGAUAAGUGCUUGCCGAACUGUUGGAUCGUCGUUCGUAUUGAUGGACGAGGCUUCUCCAAGUUUGCCGAAGCCCACCAGUUUGUCAAACCGAAUGACAUUGCUGCUUUGGAGCUGAUGAACCGAGCCGCCGUUACUGUUAUGGACGAUUUCAGAGAGAUCGUACUUUCUUACGGACAAAGUGACGAGUACUCCUUCGUUUUCAGAAAAGAUACUCAACUCUUUAAGCGCAGAGGCUCCAAGCUGAUGUCCAAUGUGAACUCGCUUUUCACCUCUGCCUACGUCUAUCACUGGCCAAGAUUCUUUCGUGGCAGAGAACUCCACUACCCACCCUCUUUUGAUGCCAGAGUUGUUCUUUAUCCAACGGAUAAAAAUCUGCGGGAUUAUCUUGCUUGGCGCCAAGCUGAUGUCCAUGUCAACAAUUUAUACAAUACCUGUUUCUGGAAUCUUGUCCUGAAGAGAAAAAUGACUGCAACUCAAGCAGAAGAAAAAUUAAGAGGCACUUUAGCUGCUCAUAAAAAUGAAUUACUUUUCCAAGAGUUUGGCAUCAACUACAACAACGAACCCCCCACAUUCAGGAAAGGAACCACACUGGUCCGAAAGCUGGUUCCUGACGGUAAUGGCAGACUGAAGCCCUUGGUCGUAGCCUUGGUUGAUGACAUUAUUGGGGAUCGAUUUUGGAAGGAAAAUCCAGAAGUUAUAGGAUUGAAAAGCUUGGCCACUUUUCAGCCCUCUGGUCUUCCAAGCAACCCCCCACUUCCUCAGCCUUCAGCAGUCCAUGUGGUGCACCCAGGUCAUGCCACUCAUCACCAAGUAAACAAUAAAACUCCGGCUGUAACUGGUCGUCCUAAUACCCUAAAUGCACUGAAUACGUUGAAUACGUCGAACGAGGAUGGAAAUACUGAGAGAAACCCAGAAGCGGACAAACACAAAAUGCAGUGUGAACCAUCUGAGAGUGAUAGAGCCCGAUGUAAGCCAUAAGUUAUUUAAUCGAAAACAGGAAAAUCUGCACUAAUUUAAAACCAAUGGAAGAUGCUCUAGUUCUCUGUGAAAGGAAAACGAUGUGGGACCCUCUAUCUUUGCCUCACAUAAUGUUAUUAGUAAUUGAAAUAUUUUGCCAAGUUUUAUACUUCAGUACCCUGCCAAUGUCGAGUGACGGCUAGUGAGCCAUUCGAUAGGGGGACACAUAUUGCAGCUAUAUCUUUUGACUGGAGCACAUUCCGUGAGUUAAAAUUUAGUGGAUAUCUGUUUAUAUGCGUGGUGUGAGAUUUUCAUGAAUGUUCCUCACCCUGUUCUCGAGCUAAUGAAUGAAACUGCAAAUGCUGCACAAUUUUGAGCUCAAGGCACACAGCUUACCAUAAAUUAUUCAAAACCGCAGAUCUGUUCUUACUUACGUAGACGUAAAAAGUAAAGAAUAAUUGUGCGAGAGAUUGGAGAGAUAUUUUCAACAUUGACUAAGAAAACAAGAAGCAGAAAUAAAUUGGAAAAAAAAAUCACAGUCUGAAGACUAUUGACGUGGAAUGCGUUACAAUUUUAUUACUUACGAGUUUAUACAAUAUGUAGUUAUUAUUAAAUUAACAAUCACACCGUGAAAUAAUACUAUAUGUAUAAGACAAUGGUAAGUGGUUAAUUUUAUACCGAUAAAAUACACUAUAUACAUGAAAUAAUUCUCUAACCAGAAGUAAAUAUUUGUUUAUUCUAACUGAGAGGCACGGAAGUAAUAACGAAAUGAUGCUGCAAACGAAAUCAUGGCAUAUUUCGUGUAAUAUCUAGGUCUAGUUGUUGGUUGCAAAGACUGUAGCGAUGCAGUAAACUGAUCAGAAUUCAGAGUGUGUAAGUUGUGAAACUAGCUUGGAAUUGAAUUGCAGACUGAAGAUUACAUUGAUCUGCCUCCAUUGAUUGGUAUUUCGAAGAUACGGAAUAUUACGUUUUCUUGGUGGCAG